AUGGAGAAUGUUAACCAGCACCACUUGCAAAAGUUAAAAACCCUACCCAGUACUUUCAUUCUCACAGAGUCACAGCCUCCACUCUUCAGAGUUCUGCCCUCCUCUUCUCUCACCGCUCCACACGCCGCCUCCACACGCCGGCCUCCCUACGCCGUCCUCCGAGGGAGUCUAUUGAAGAAGGUUCUGGAAUCGAUCAAGGACCUCGUCAAUGACGCCAACUUCGACUGCUCCGCCACCGGGUUCUUGCUCCAGCCCAUGGAUUCCAGCCACCUGGCACUCGUGGCUCUUCUUCUCAGAUCUGAGGGCUUUGAGCACUACCGCUGUGACCGUAACGUGUCCAUGGGGAUGAACCUCAACAACAUGGCCAAGAUGCUCAAGUGCGCGGGAAAUGAUGAUAUUGUUACCAUUAAGGCCGAUGAUGAUGGUGAUACUGUCACUUUCAUGUUCGAAAGCCCUAACAUGUCAUCGACUGCGUUCAUUGAACCACUCCCUGUCAUUGAUUUUGUUGCUCAGAUUUUAGAUAAAGAUGUUUACAGAAUGCUCACUAAGACAUGA